GCGGCUCCUUGUGAGGGGAGGAGGGAAAGGCGGCCAUUUUGUUCGCCCGCCGACGCUGUUUGCGGCAUCUCCACCUCCUCUCCUCUCCGAAAGCGAGAGAGGGAGGAAAGGGGCAUUCAGGAGAAGGAAGGAGCCAGCUCGGGAGCGGGGAAAGAGCCGCGCGGGUCGACCCGGCGGGCUCCGGCUUCGCUCCCUCGCCCCGGCCGCUGAGAGGCGAUGGCGGAUAUGGACAAGCUCAACAUCGACAGCAUCAUCCAACGGCUGCUGGAGGUAAGAGGGUCAAAACCCGGUAAAAAUGUGCAACUUCAAGAGAACGAAAUAAGAGGAUUAUGCUUGAAAUCUCGAGAAAUCUUUCUCAGUCAACCCAUUCUGUUAGAACUUGAAGCACCGCUUAAAAUAUGUGGUGACAUCCAUGGACAAUACUAUGAUUUACUUCGACUCUUUGAAUAUGGAGGUUUCCCACCAGAAAGCAACUAUCUAUUUCUUGGUGACUAUGUUGAUAGAGGGAAACAAUCUUUAGAAACAAUUUGUCUUUUACUGGCCUACAAGAUAAAAUACCCAGAGAAUUUUUUCCUCCUUAGAGGGAACCAUGAAUGUGCCAGCAUUAAUAGAAUUUAUGGCUUCUACGAUGAAUGUAAAAGAAGAUACAACAUCAAGCUGUGGAAAACCUUUACAGACUGCUUUAAUUGUUUACCAAUUGCAGCCAUUGUGGAUGAGAAAAUAUUCUGCUGUCAUGGAGGCUUAUCGCCAGACCUCCAAUCAAUGGAACAAAUCCGACGAAUUAUGCGGCCUACUGAUGUGCCAGAUCAAGGCCUCCUUUGUGAUCUGCUGUGGUCUGACCCUGACAAAGAUGUCCUGGGAUGGGGAGAAAAUGACAGAGGAGUUUCUUUCACGUUUGGAGCUGAAGUGGUUGCAAAGUUCCUUCAUAAACAUGAUUUGGAUCUUAUAUGCAGAGCUCAUCAGGUGGUUGAGGAUGGAUAUGAGUUCUUUGCCAAAAGGCAACUGGUAACUCUGUUUUCUGCCCCAAAUUACUGUGGGGAGUUUGACAAUGCGGGUGCCAUGAUGAGCGUGGAUGAGACUCUAAUGUGUUCCUUCCAGAUUUUGAAGCCUGCCGAGAAGAAGAAGCCCAAUGCUAGCCGGCCUGUAACACCACCCAGGGGAAGGACGACUGGAACUAGCAGAGAGUAAUGCUGGGAUCAGCUGGGAUGCAGGAUUAAAGUUCAGAAAGCUGUCAUGUGUGGCUCAUAGGGAUUCAUUGGCAGUAUCUAAGUCAGGUUUUUUCCUCUGCAGGAAGGACGACUGGAACUAGCAGAGAGUAAUGCUGGGAUCAGCUGGGAUGCAGGAUUAAAGUUCAGAAAGCUGUCAUGUGUGGCUCAUAGAGAUUCAUUGGCAGUAUCUAAGUCAGGUUUUUUCCUCUGCAGGAAAGACGACUGGAACUAGCAGAGAGUAAUGCUGGGAUCAGCUGGGAUGCAGGAUUAAAGCCUUUUGAUACUUCCCCUAUAUUCAAUGUCGAAGCUUGCUACUGUGCUAUUUUAGCCAGUUCAGAAAACUGUCACGUGUGGAGAGCUGUUCAGAGACUUGCCUGAGAAUUAGAAUUCCUUUUAGGGUUUGUUUGUUGCAGCUGAAGACUUAUUCCACAAAGUUUAAAAAACAACCAGCUACAACAGUGAACACUGUUCACCUGUUUCUAUGAAUAUAACACAGUAUCCUGUGGUGUGUGUUUUUUUAAUUAAAAAAACCUAAUCUUUUUGAACAGAUGACAGUGUACAAUACAAUGUGGUAAAAUGCUUAUUAAAUGAAUAACUUGUUAAA